GCAUGCCUGAUACAACCCUGCAAAUAUAUCAUUCCUCUGAUAAACUUAGUGUCCUAUAAUCUAAAGCCAGUCGACCAGGCAGACCAUGGAUAGCGCCACUGCAGGCCUCGACGCGCAGUUCAAUCGCGCUGUGGACAUAGUACAGAGUCUCCCGAAGGGUGGCACCAUACAGACAACCUACGAAGACAAGCUAUGGCUAUACUCACUUUACAAGCAAGCUAUCGAAGGUGAUGUUGCAGUCCCCCGCCCUGGUAUGCUUGAUCUUUUAGGCAAAGCAAAAUGGGAUGCAUGGAACAGGCAGAAGGGGAUCGAUAAGCCUCAGGCAAAAAGGCUUUAUGUCAGUGCCCUUGUCAAAAUUUUAAGGAAAUGUGCCGAUGCUAAAGAUGUUCAAAGAUACUUGCAGAUCCUGGAGCACGAGAGCGGGUAUGAAUACCCUCUGCAUAUUCCAUCAUGCCCUGCGUCACCCGCAUCAUCUGCCUCCUCAUAUCACUCCUCUCAGGCUUCUCCCGCCCUACUUCCUCAGUCCAGUAACUCGCCAAUUGUUCCCCCACACGACAUAUCUCCUUUAACCCCAUCACUACCGCCGCCAGACGAUGCGCCCAAUUUUAUACCUCCCUCAUCUCACCAUUCACGCAAUCCGCCUUCAUUGUCUUCUAUGCAAGAACAGAGGAAUGAAGUACUUGAUGCCGUCGGUAGAACAGGUAGAGAUGGGAACAUGAGGGAUCAAAGGCCAUCAAGCGCACAGAAUCUAACGAGUGAAAGCCAGAUACAUGCUGCAAUGCCGCUAGAUAGGAUUACAGGUAUAGAGAGAGAGGCCGUAUCCGGUAAAUCCGGUUCGGUUCACUCCCCAAGGCGACAACGACGCGAUUCCCAAGCCUCGGCUCGAUUAGCAAGUCCCUUGCCCCAUCCAACUGUGGGCAGCAGAGAUUUCUUAGGCACCCCGGAAACCAUAAGCUCUCCUUUUCUGGGUCUCAAUCAACCAACACCUAUGUAUUCUCGUCGCCCGGGAUCGACUUCUACUUUCUCCAACUCUCAAGCAACCAACAUUCCGUAUACUUUGCAGCAAAUCCAGACUUCGUUGACAGCGCUGCAUGAGAGGCUCUCCACUUUGGAGAGAACUCAAGCCCUCAUUUUGAGGAGGGAUGAAAGGAGAAAGAGCUGGUUUUCUUGGGAGGGACAUGAGAGCGAGGAGCUUGAUAACUGUGAGAAUGAUCAAGCCAAGGAAAUGUGGGGUAGAACAGGGGUGACAACGGUUACCAAGGUUAACGCAAAAAAGAAAUCUAUUUCAAUGAGGGUUUUAUGGUUUCUAGUGAAAACGUUGAGACGUGCCCUGAUGGAUGUUGGAAUAGGAAUGAUGGUCACGCUCAUAGUUAUUAUGGUGUUGAAUGGAGGCUGGGGCCGGGCGCGGUGGAUGAUUUUGAAAUACAAAGAAAGGUUGAGGAGAUUCCUUACCGAGCAAUGAUCGAAUAUUCAUGAAAUUACCCGUGUUGUAAGAGGAGGCGAAGUCACGAUAUGUCAUUGGUCUAUGUAUUACAUGGAAUGUUGAAUGAUCAGAAGAACCGCCACCAUAUGAACAAGAUGAUGAAAAAGGCAAUUCCCCCUAUUGGCGCCCAUUUACGAAUGAGUGCUUCAAGAUUAAUGUUUCGGGCCGCUUUGCGGUACUUGGCUGACUCUGAUCGCAGGGAGGUGGAGAGCUGUGACAUCCCUGCAUACAGCUGUUAGGAAUAAAUAUGGCCCGGUAUGGCAAGAAUGACUCACGAUCAAGGCUGUCUCCUCUCCAAAGCAAAUCCUCCAUAUUCUUAGUCAUGAUUUGAGUCACAUCCUUGAGGUUUUCAUUGAGUUGGUCAAGUCGCGAAUUAGGUGCGGCAGGGCCUCCCCCUUGAGUAAGGGAGCGUGAAUCG